GGGAGUCUUUAGCUAUUAGCGGCUACACAGUUGAUAUUCUUAGUCCCUAGUCUUGGCUACCCAUUGUCCUUCCUGGAAACCAAAGCCAUGAUGAAGCCCAAGUUUGACUUCAAGAUUGCCAUGAAUGAUCUUCACAAAGACAAUACGUCCUUGACAGCCAGAUUUGACACGGUGUAUGAGCGGAGCUGCGGUUGGUCAUGUUGUCUGGCUGAUAAGCCCAGACACGGGUGUGGACGGCGAGGCUAAGUUGAUUGAACUAACUCUGGAGGCUGUAGAAUGGUACCCCAGAGGGAUCGGGGACUUUCGGCUGUUGGACAAACAUGUCUCUGUUUCAGGGUAUGGGUGCGGGCUAUUUCGUGGUAUCGUCGCUGCGAUAAUUAUUGAGAAUUAUGCUGCUGCCGCGUUGCCAGAGGAUCUUGCGUCGGGGUUUGUCUGAACUUCAUGUAGAUUCUGGUCAUUGCUAUGGCUCGGUGUCUUCUGUCUUCUGAUACAUGUGUCAUGACUCUUAAGUAGAAAU